AAUUACAUCAAAAAUAAUUUUAAUAAUGGAAGUUUAAUAACAGAAGUGUAAGACUUAUACUCUGAGCAAUGCAAACUGUCUUUGAAAUAAAUUAAGGAUUAUCUAAAUAAAAAAGAGAUUGUGAAUUGAAAAAAUUCAUAUUACUUAGUUUGCAAUAUUUCCAAAAUUGAUCUGCCGAAUCCCAGAUGACUUUUUUUUUGGCAGAAAUGGACAUGCUUAUCGUAAUUUUUUAACACUCUUCAUGCUAGUAUUUUUUUAUACUUUUAUGUGACUAGACCAUUAGUCAUAUUUUUAUAUGAAUAAAAGUCUACUUUUUAGUGAAAAAUGAUUUUUCUCAUUCUGGAAAACUAUCAUAGUCUAAUUAUAACGUUCAGCAUAGCAUAACUGAUUUGGUAAUUCAACACAUAAUUACUGAGUGACUGUUGUGUUUCAUACAAAACUAAGCUAUGAAAAUAAAAAAUAAUAGAAUUUGAUUCUUACCCUCAAAGUCUAGAGAGCAUAACUGAAUUAUGGCAUGGACUUAGAACUCAGUUAUCACUCUUAAAAUGUACUGUUUAUGCAGCCACCUGCAGAUAAUAAACUCUAAACGUCAGGUUUUCAUGUAUCAAAUGGAGAUCAAAGUGUAGUAGAUAUUGUCUAGUCACAUACAAAGUGUUAGAACAACCCAGAAAAGAGAGAGUGUCAUGGCAGUCUUAAGAGACAGAGGUCAGUGCUCAAGCCCCAUGUAGGGAUCCCUAAAUGCUGUAAAGCCAGCAUCUGCCUUCUAGCUAUUUGAUUAACGUAAGUUAAAUUUCUUGGAUAAGGGAUAGGGAUGAGGUGACUGCAGUUUAGAUUAACUCUGUAGAAUGCACUUGCAUAGGUAUUGAGAAAACCACUUUUUACAUAUGCAGAUUUCCAGUUAAUCUACUGGUCAUAAGCUAAUGGAUCCUACCAUUUUUCAUAUCUGAGAUUUCUGAGUUCUAUGUCCUACAAUGGUUUCACAGGUGGCUAGGUUCUCCUCCAUUAUUUCCUCUUGUAUGGUUUCAGCUGCAUUUUUCUCUGAUUUUAUUAUAUCAAUGAUCACAUCUCCAUCUACUCUCCAUUUUCCAGGAAUUAGUUGAAAAUUUUCAUCAACUGAUAGAACCCUGAGCCUCUGUGUGUUAUUGUUUUAGACUUAAAAUUUUUAUUCACUCAAUAGAAUUUUGGUGUAAUUUUAAAAGAAACAGGAGACAAAAAUCUAUGUUUGCUAUGUUGUAUUCAAUAGUGUUUCUGUACAACCUUAAUUUUAAAUUUGGGUUUUUUUUUUUCUUUUAUGCCACUGUCUUGAAUUAUUUUAACAUAGAGUUACUUCUGUUUCUUAAAUAUAUAUUUUUUAGUUCAGAAGUCCUCUGCAUAAUUCACGUUUUACCUCAGCUUAAUGUUAGUAUUAUAAAUCAUAUAAGAAAGGAAAUACCUGUCAGAAUUUUUAAAGUAUUAUCUAGAUAAUACAAUGCAUUUUGAGAGAAGGAUAAAAGACAUAGUACCCCUUUGUGUAUUGUUCAUAAUAAAAUUCCUUCAUUUUCUUAUUCUGUUUUCCAAAUAGCUAUUGCACUUUGGAGAAGAUGCUGGAAACUCACAGAGUUUCGGCCAGAGAAUGAAUGCCUGAACUGAAAGAGAAAGUGGAAGUAGCUUUUUAGAAGAAAAUGGUGAGAUAUCUUCUGUGAGAUUAAUAAAAGUUAAAAGCAUCUCAAAUUUAGGCAGAAAACUAAAGAAUGAGAACCUAUUGUAUGGUUAGUUAUUUCUUCCAUAUUAUACAAGUAUUCAAGAAAUCUGUUACCUUGAUUAAUAAGACUGAGCACAUUGGUUUUGUCAUUUAUUCAUGGAGGAAGUCCACCACCCACUUGGGGAGCAGAAGGAAAUCUGCCAUCUCAAUUUACUUAACUCCAGAAGUUUCUUUGCAGAAAUAUGAUUGUCCCUUCAGUGGAACAUCAUUUGUGGUCUUCUCUCUCUUUUUGCAUGUAGUCUGUUCUGUCAUCAAAACUGCUAGGACUUACCCGUUAGAACGCCCAUCUCCACUUCAGAGAUCUGUUUCUUUCAACUUUUCUACUGUUCAAAAAUUAUGUCCCGCCAAAGACUGGAAGGUGCAUAAGGGAAAAUGUUACUGGAUUGCUGAAACUAAGAAAUCUUGGAACAAAAGUCAAAAUGACUGUGCCAUGAAAAAUUCAUAUCUCAUGAUGAUACAAGACAUUACUGCUAUGAUGACUGCCUUUUUGCUGUACCUCCACAUGGCAUUUCUUCAAUGUGUGUACAUCUCUGAUGUCUCUGUGUGUCCAAAUUUCUUCUUCUUACAAGGACAUUGUCAGAUUGGAUUAGGGCCCACCCCAAUGGCCUCAUUGUAAGUUAAUUACAUCUUUAAAGGUUGUGUCUCCAAAUACAGUCACAUUCUGAGAUACUGGGUUAGGACUUCAACAAAUGAAUUUUGGAGUAGUACUAUUCAGCCAAUAGUAUUACACUCUCUGGGCCCCACAGUUCUUAACAAGGGUCAAUUAUAAAUGUGUAUGAACCAAGGCAAAGAAUGACAGAACUAAAAGGGAAAAUGGACAAAUUCAGAGUUGCAGCUGGACAUGUAAACACCUCUUUAAGUAACUAAACUAAUAGACAAAAAAAAAAAAGAUAGGAAACAGAAGAACUAAACAACACUAUUGACCAACCGGAUGUAAUUGACAUUAUAGGAAUCUCUAUCCAACAACAGGGAAUAUGCAUUAUUUUCAAGUGCACAUGAAACUUGCAUGUGGAGAUCAUAUUUGGAGACAUAAAAACUGCAAAUAUUUACAAAUAUAGGUAUCAUACAAAUGUACAUCUCAAAACAUAAAAUUAAACUUGAAAUUAAUAAAAGAAAGAUACUUGGAAAAUUCCUAAAUAUUUAUAAAUUAAACAGACUUUUAAAUAAUGUAUAGGCCAGAGAGGAAGAAUCAGGGGAAAUUUUUUAAAUGUGUUCUGAGUUGAAUAAAAAUAACAAUAUAGCACAUCAAAACUAAUGGAUUUUAGCUUAGGCAGAGUUUAGAGGGAAAUGUAUAAUAUUGAAUGCUUGUAUGUGAAAAAGAGAUAAUGUAGAAUUUAUAAUCCAAGCAUCUACUUGAAAAA